AUGGCUUCCUCGAGAUGUCAGUUCCUCGAACUUCCCCUCGAGAUCCGGAUCGACAUCUACACCCACCUCCUCCUCCACCCUCCUCUCGACAGACUCCGCCCGGCCCGGCCCCUGGUACGGCUUUAUCCAGCUAUCCUCUCCGCCAGCCAGCAAACUCACGCCGAGGGGACACCCAUUCUCUACACCAAGAACAUGUUUCUGGCGCACGCGAUGCUGCUCGCCUCCUUCCCACGGCUGCGGUCCUGGUACCCACCCGUCCGAGAGCGCUCGGUGCUCCCGCGCAUCCGCCGCUUCCACGUCCGCGUGCGGCUCGACUGCGACCCGACCUUCGACGCUGGCGCCGCGACGGCGGCCUUCAGCGGUGUUGAAGAGCUCGUAGUUGAGGUAUGGCAAGCCGUGUUCCAGGGGGCCGACCAUGACGCGUUGCGGGUGUUCGAGGGCGUCCGCGGCGUCAAGGACGUCAAGAUCUACGGGAGCACUAGGGGGUUUGAGGAGUAUGUGCGCUGGCUUGAAGAUGUGAUGCGUUGUGAUGCCGACGGCGGCGAGAGAACUGAAGCUGUCGAGAGGCGACGGCCGAGUCUCACUGUGAAAUUCAAUGCCUAG